CAAUCGACGCUUAACCUAAGAACCUAGUCUGUGAUCAGUUAAAUUAACCCAUUGACUUUAGGUGUAAACUCAUUGCACAGAAUCAAGCAACGAGCAACAGAUGAGUAAGCAAUGUUACGAACAAAAGAUAGAAUUAAGAAUAAAGAAACAAGUAUCGAAAAUAAACAAAACCAAAAAACCAAACAACGCAAAAUAAAGUGUAACACCCAUUGCUUUAAUCAAGUUCAAGAAACCAGUUCGGAAGCAGCAAGCGUCAAGCGUUAUUUCAAAUACCAACCGUCACUACGCCGAUCAGCUGGCUUAUUUAGUUGACGUUGUUUUGUGGAUACCUUUAUUGGUUGUGGAGCAGAGAGUGGGGAGUGCUGAAGUAAGUGUGGAAAGCAAUGCAUAGAAUGCUGGAAGUGCAUACAAAUGCAUGUGUUUGUAUGGGUAUUGAAACACUUGAUUACUCAACAUCAUUCACUGGAGUUUCCAAGCAAAUAGCAGGUAGAUAGCAGUCACAGACUAACAAACAUACAUACAUACCUACUUAUCAACAAGCAAAUAAACUCCACGCUGCAGUGAAGAGUGCACGAGAGUACCGGAGAGCGCCAGUGAGUUGGGUACGGUAUUGAAUAAGGUCUAUAAAAGUAAACUUCGUAUAGCAAAACCAGCUACAAGUGUGCAAGCAAUACACAUACAUACGAACACACUAUGUAUAGAACAGCUACGUGCGAGUGUGGGCAAGUAGGGACGGUACUUGCUAUUAAAAAAAUGAGUAUUAAGUAGCAAUAAAAAAUGAAUAAAAUGAAAUAAUGAUCAACUAAUGCCGGCCGUUUCAUUUCGUUUCGUUUCGCUUUUGUACAUAUAGAGCCUAGUACUGGCGAAUCAGUUCGAAAGUGAAGCGCAAACGAAUCGAAAGCAACAAGUUGCUAUUGUCGCAAUCGCUUUCGUUGUUGGUUAUUUAGCAGAUUGUUGAUGAUUGUUGCCGUUGUUGUUUGUGCGCUUGUCAACAUAAACUUCGUGCGAAUAAAACGUAACGUUGCAAUUGUGUGCUUAUGCCCAAUAUUUUGAGUCACAAAAUUAAAGAAAAAGUAACAAAACGAAAUAUAUUUAACUAACGACGGAAAUUUUUAUAUACAUAAUUUCCGAAAUAAUCAACACAGAAGUAUUAUUUCAACGACUAAGUUUAGCAUACGUACAAGCAUACCAAAGAGUUACGCCGAUUUCUUGUCAUUACUUUAAAUCUAAGUAAUAACUACAUAUAAAUUUAUGCGUCAUGUCUUCACCGACAAAAUCUCUAAACCAACGCGAUCGUAUACGUGAUCCUCGCGAAGAUAUCCUGCUCGAAACAAAUUUCGAAGAUGACGGUAUAUUAACACAUGCCUACAACAACAAUCCAUAUAAUGGUGGCACAGCAAUACACAAUCGUCGACGCAGCACCUAUCGUUCAGAUCACUCUUUGGACCGCUAUACUGAACGCGGUGGCGAUGAAGGUGACUGCUGUCAAUCAUGUAUGUCCCGCAUACCAUAUGCCACAUUAAUAGCGACGCUCAUGUGCCUGCUUGGCGUCGGCAUAUUCUGUGGUACGAUGUAUCGAGGCGCCUCGUUGACGGUGAUUAUGAUGGAUCAAGUGUUUCAUUUACAUCUAAUUUGGAUUGAAGCGAUUCAAAUGAUUUUCGUCAUAAUUGCUGCGGGAAUGGCGGCGCUUGGCUUCAUGAUACUCUUCGUUGGUUUCCUCGCAACUGGAGCGACACGAUACAAGGUCUAUCGCGCGUGGCGUUCACGAGUGGGUGGGCGCAUCUCGUGCGCAGUGUUCAUGGGCGUCACAUAUCUGUUGAACUUCAUUUGGAUAUUGAUUCUAUGCUUCUUGGUCAUAGUCACCUUCAUCUAUACCAUGUUCUGGAAUAUGUGCUCAAGUGUGGAGCGUUCCCUCAGCUGCAUCGAUUUAACACAAUUUCAUUUCAUGUUCCCGCCAAACACAAAACAGGAGGAUAUGAAAAUCUGCGAUAAAUAUGAGAUUAAAACCUUCUGCAAGGAUGGCGUCGAGAAUGCCGAAGUCAUGUUUAUACUCGCUACAUUAGCUGCUCUACUCGUUAUACUUAGUCUGGUGCACUAUCUCAUGUGCCUGGCAGCCAACUAUGCGCAUAUUAGAGAUCAUGAAAAAUUCCAAGAACUACAAGAAAUUCAAAAUCUCAAUGAGCUCGAGUAUAGCGCUACGUCCAAGGAUCGUUUCUAGGACAUAUUUCAGAAGAUUCAUUUUGAGCUUAAAGAGAAGUGAGCGAACAAAGCAGUGAAGAGAUAAUCAACCCACAGAACUACACACACGCACACAGACAUGCAACACGUACACUUAGAAAAAUAAAGCAAAAGAACUGAUAUAAACAACAUAUAACAAUGAAUAAUCUAAAUAAUGGCAUAUUAAGAAAAUAAAUACUGAAAUUUAUUGGAGAAAAUGUAUUAUAUAGCGCAUACAUACAACAAAUUAAUAUUAGCAAGGCAAUGCGCGCAGUAACAGCACUACUAUAAACUGGAUUUUUUUGUGAAGUUUUUGUGAAUUUACUUAAAUUGAAGUAAGCAACUGUGCGCAUUAACUUUCAAACACAUCACAAACAUAAACUUUCUAAAUAAUAAUAAUAAAUACUUAUAUUUAACUUGGUUUUGUUUAAAUAUUGCGCGUGAAAUUUUUGAGUUAACAUUUAAUUAAUUUUUUCGUUUUGUAAUAAUUUUUUAUAAACAAAUAAAAUUUCAUUAUUAUUUUUAAAAUUUGAAAAUUUUUAUAAAUGUGUAUAUUUAUAAAUAUUUAGUACGUAUUUUUCCAAAAUUACAUUUCGUGAGAGCUGCCUACUAUAGUAGGGUAUAUGUUUACUUUUAAAAUCUUUAUUUAAUUUCGUUAACUUUUGUAGCUUCCUAUAUAUUUUAUUAAUAUUUUUAACAUAUUUUAAUUCUAUUUCUAAGUGUUAAAAACGGUUAUUUUCUAAAUGUACGGCAAUACAACGAGUAGCAAAGUUGUAGGUAAUAAAACGUUCUAGAACUUUCGUGUUAACACUUUUUCACAUAAGCUCAAAAUUUAUAUGAAAAAUUCAAAUAACCAAGUUUUUGUUUAUUUUUGCUUAUAUGUUUUACAAAAAUUUUUAUUCCUUCACAAAAUUUAUAUAAAAUUAACCUUUUUAUAUUCGCAACACACUAUAAUUUUUUUUAUUUAAAAUAUAAAUUUUUUCACUUAAUUUUGACUAAACAUCAGAAAAACGCUCUAUUGUUCAAACGAAAAUGUUUUCUGUCCAAACCCACUUAUGGAAUUUCAUAUCGUUAUAAAUAAAAGUAUUUAUUUUUUCUUUAAACUUUUUUCACAAUUUAAAAUUUAUUAGUGUUUUUUUUAACUUUAUCUUUAUAAGUUUUGAUUAAUUUCAUGUGUUCACUUAAUUGAGGUUAUAUUAAGUUAUUUAUAAAUUUAUUAAUUUAUAAAUUUAUUAAUUUAUAAAUUUAUGAUUUAAUUUAAUUGAAAUUAUUUGUGUAAAAAAUACACAAGAACACCAAGAGUUACCAGACAUAUCAGUUUGAUUUUAUUACUUUAGCAUUCCUGCUGCAACAACAACAAUUAAAAGUUAGUGCAUUUUGCACCGAAUUUUCGAAGUUGUUGCCCAAGUACCUUUAAAACGACUUUAGUUUAGUUUUAUUUAGUUUUUAGUUUUUUUUUUUAAAUAUGUAUGUAUAUAUUGCAUAACUAUAUACUGUUUUGCUUGCUUAAUUCAGCAAUAAAUAUAAUAAUAUAACUUACAACUACAUUUCAAAAAUAAAUUUGUAAGCGUAGAUGUUUUGUUUUUGAUUUAUGUUUGUAUUUUUUUUUUUGUAAAUUUUCAAAAUAACCACAUUUUUUAUGCACUAAAUUUUUAAGAAAGUUUCAAAAAACCACAUUUUUCAUGCACAAAUUCGGUAAACCAAAACAUACGAAAUUCGUAGCCAAAAACAACACAUGUAUAAACCGUGCCAACUCAAAACCACAACCCGACCAAAAUCGAACUAUUGAGAAAGCCGUCCAAUUGUAGCUAACGAGACGAAAAUUAAUUUUUUUCGAAAUAAAAUUUUACAGUUAUUUAUGCAUAUGCAGAAAUUAAAAUGAAUUACUAAAAGCAAAUUUUUUUCGAAAUAAAAUUUUACAGUUAUUUGUGAAUAUGCAGAAAUUAAAAAGUAUUACGAAAAUAUAUUCUAAUGCUGCGCUGCUGACUUUGAACAUUAAAUUUGCGCUUUAACGUUAAAACAAUUCUACAAUUAUUACAAACAUACCUACAAGUAUAUUAGAUGCAAGCAUAUUUUUGUAAUACAUAUUAAUGUGAUGCAGGCUUGUUUUAAAUGCUUUUGGUACUGGCUUAUUGUUAUAAGUUCAAAAACGUACACGCUAACUACCCAUAUUGGCAAAUAAAAUGGAAAAUGUACUGCAAUUGACAAACACAUCAAUUAACAGCAACACAUACACACAAACUGUUACACACACACAUGCACAUCCAGCAUACAAACGUACAAACAUACACACACCAGGGCAAUGCACAAUCGAUAGUUUAAUGCUCAAAAUGAAUUCUUCUGAAUUUGCAUGUAAAAUAAGAAAGCUAAAAACAAAAACAAAUAAAAGUUUGCGUCAAAAGUUGUAUUUGAAAAUUUGCAAAAUCAACAAGUAAAUAUUAAAUUGCAUUCAAUUUGUAAUGAAUUGCUUUCAGCACAUGCAUACACACGCAUAUACAUAUAUAUAUAACUGCAUAUAUGUGUGUGUGUAUUGAGAAGUAAACUUAUAUAAUUUUUGUAGCCACGUAUAUGUGCAUAUGAAUGUAUGUAUGUAUGUGUGUAUGGCAAGCAUAAAGCAAAGGUGCGCUUAUAAACUGCAAAUAUAAGUUAGUAAAUCACAGCGCUUGUGUAGUUUAUGCACAAACUAUAUAUAAUAUAUAAUAUGUAUGUGUAUAUAAGUUGGCAAAAUGCGCAUUGUAAGCAAAUUAGCAUAUCAAAUCAACGAUUAGUUAAAACUAGCAAAAUAGCACUAAAUUACGUUUAAGUGUAGUAAAGUAAAUAUAAAAUACUUUGUAUAUAUAAAUACAUACAUACACAUGUAGUAGUAUAUUUAAAAUACUAUAAAAAAUUUAAGUAAAUGAAAAUUCAUGCAAUGACUAUUUAUGCUUACAUACGAAUUAUUACUUUUAUUGGAAACUGAAGCAAUAUUUGACAGGUAAACAAUGCAAACAAAUAAUAAAUAUGAAGUUAAGUAUGCCAACAUAAUAAAAACAAGCACGAGAGCACAUGCAGAAGAGAA